AGUGGGUUAGCUACGAGGAGGCCUAAUCGAUGUUGUAGAGCUUUUUUUCUUCACACCUUCCUUGUAGGGUUGAAGUGAGAGAACUUUACAUUGAUAGAUCGUAAUAAAAAGGCCAACUCGAGAUUUUCCGUUCUUGUGGUCAGUGAUUCAACCUUAAUCGAUCUAGGUCAUUCGAUUUCUUUCUUAUCUUAGUCUAUUUUUGAUCGGAAUCGGCAGCGGAAGAAGAGUGAAUUGGUCAUCCUUGUAUUGCCAUGGCCAUGUAUAUUCGUGUGAAGCGCAUGAAAACAACUUACUUUAUCCAAUGUGAUCCAACAGAGACUGGUUUGGAUGUUAAGCAAAAACUGUUUGCCCUCAUUGAGCAGCCAGUUAGCAAGCAGCGUCUGGUUUUAAUGUCUACUGAAGAAAUAUUAGAGGACUCAAAGACUUUAGCGGAUCAGAAGGUUGAGAAUGAUGCAGUCGUGGCUCUGGCUUUGAGGAAAGAUGAUAACGAGUUUGAGGAUGUCAACAUUGCGCAGCCCACCGACUUCUCAAUUUCAUGAAGAGUUGAUUCAAACACAAGGGAAGGGAGAAGCUAUAAACGCCGGAAGCUAUUAUUUCUUUGUGUCAUCUGCUUGUUGUGUCAACCGCCUAUUUAGUUGUUACAGACAAUUGUUGUAAGUAAAAAAGAUAUUGAGAUUUGGAAGUUUGAUUGCAACUUGCAAGAUGAUUUAGUUUUUUUCAAUGAAGUAAUAAUAACAGACUCGUAUAUUUCACU